AAACAAACACUUAAUUUGUUUUUUUCCUCAAAACUUUUUCUUUGAAGCCAAACAUAAGCUUGGGUUUUGGAUGGAUAAGGACGAGUGCAUUGUGAUUAACGGAUAAAAGCAUCAUAUUUAUUGAAAUCUCCGUUCACCCCAUGAAAAUAUAUGAAGUGAAUGGAAAUCAGUGGCUAUCUUUGAAGGAUUUAUUUCCAAAUAUUGAAUGAAAUCAGUGGAUAUCAUCCCCAAAUCACGUGGCCCACAAAGCUGUCAUCGCUUCUUCCACUCUUCCUUCACACUCUCUUUUUUUCCCUCUAGAUAUGGCUGCCAAGCUCAUGCGCGCGGUUCGGUAUAGUGGUUAUGGCGGCGGAGCUGCUGGGCUGGAGCAUGCUGAGGUUCCAGUUCCAGCUCCUGCUAAAGAUGAGGUUUUGCUGAAAUUGGAAGCAGCAAGCCUAAAUCCAGUAGAUUGGAAAAUUCAGAAAGGCAUGCUGCGUCCUCUUUUUCCUUGCAAAUUCCCUCACAUACCAGUUACUGAUGUGGCUGGAGAGGUGGUGGAGGUUGGAUCUGGAGUCAAAGAUUUCAAAGCUGGUGACAAAGUUGUUUCUGUACUUAGCCAUUUUAGUGGAGGUGGACUAGCAGAGUUUGCUGUGGCUAAAAAGAACAUAACAGUCUCGAGGCCUGCUGAAGUGUCAGCAGCUGAAGGCGCAGGCUUGCCCAUUGCAGGUCUUACAGCUCACCAGGCCCUCACCCAGGUGGUAGGCAUCAACCUUGACGGAAGUGGCCCACAGAAAAGCAUCCUUAUCACAGCUGCCUCAGGUGGGGUCGGUCACUAUGCUGUUCAACUUGCAAAGCUGGGAAACACACAUGUUACAGCCACUUGUGGAGCACGAAACAUUGAUCUAGUCAAGAGCUUAGGGGCUGAUGAGGUUCUGGACUACAAGACCCCAGAUGGUGCAGCUCUCAAGAGCCCAUCUGGUCGGACAUUCGACGCUGUGAUCCAUUGUGCAACAGGCAUUCCGUGGUCCACUUUCGAACCUAACUUAAGCACAAAUGGGAAGGUAAUAGAUAUCACUCCUAACGCCAGUGCCAUGGUGACUUUUGCUCUGAAGAAACUCACUUUCUCUAAGAAGCAGCUGGUUCCCUUGCUUUUAUCUCCCAAGAAGGAGAACCUGGAGUGUCUUGUUGGGUUGGUGAAGGAAGGGAAGCUUAAGACAGUGAUCGACUCGAAACAUCCUCUGAGCAAGGCUGAAGAUGCUUGGGCCAAGAGCAUCGAUGGCCAUGCCACUGGGAAGAUCAUCGUCGAGCCUUAAUCGUGAUUAUAUAUCAACUCUAAUAUGGCUAAUAAAAAAGAUGUGAUGUAGUAUGCGAGGGUUAGGUAAUAAUUAUUUGCAUUAGAACAAGGUAUUUGAUGAUGUUUGCUUCUGCCUUACGCUUAGCAUACUGGUUAUUGUACAUAUGUGCGUCUUUUGUUCAUAUUUGUAAAUUGUACAAGCUCGUCAUGUUUGGUCAUGGGUUUUGUUUUUUUUCUUUUUCCUCUUCUUUCCUUUGUUUUAUACUAGGGAUGCUGCUUUUACUAAUAAGGCUCUUCCUAUGACAUUUUCUGAGAAGAACGUUACAUUUCUUCCAUUUUUGUUAGAAAUGAAAAUGAAUAUUUUAUUUUUA